AUGAAGUGCUCUAUUUCGUUUUUUCUCAUAAUAUAUAUUAUAUUAAGCAGAGAUAUAUUUCGAUGCAAAGGGGAAGAUAAAGCUGUAGAACCUACACAAGGUCAAAGCGGCGCACAGGGUUCUUCGUCAGAUACAGAAGGAAGAGCAAAUUCACCUAGUGUUGAUGGUUCACAUAAUGGACCUUUAUCCGUAAAUCAACAAACAGAUCCAAAAGUUACCGCACCUACCGUUCCAAGUACAUCUAACACGCAAACUGGCGAAAGUAACUUUAGGCAAGAGGUUGCAUCUGCUUCAGCUGCUGCAGGUGACAGAGUUGACGCAAGUGGCUCUGGAGCAUCUAGUAUAGCUGUGCAGUCUGCCACUCCAAGUAGCCAAAAUAACAUUAAUGUAAAAUCUGCCCUAUUAAAAGACCAUAAAGGGGUAAAAGUUACUGGUACAUGUAACGCGAAAGUUCAAUUAUUCCUGGUUCCACACAUAUCUAUUACUCUCGAAACAAAGGAGAGUAAAAUACGUUUGGGACCAAAAUAUGAAGAUUCAGAUAUUACAAAAGAAUUCCAAACUGACAACGAAGAACUAGAUAUAAAAAAAAUAUUUGAAAUAAAAAUUGACAAGUUACAGAAUAGGUGCGCCGAUGGUAAAACCUUUAAAUUCAUAGCUUACCUUCAAGGGGAAGAAUUAACUCUCAAAUGGAAGGUAUAUGAUAAUACAACCCCCCUAAACAAAGGUAGCAAAACGGACAUUAUGAAUUAUCUAAUAAAAAACUUAGAUCGACCAAUAACGGCAAUACAAGUGCACACCACAAAGAAUAUUCAGAGUAGCUUCUUAAUUGAAAGCAAAAAUUAUUCUAUAACGAAUUCAGUACCUGAAAAAUGUGAACUAAUGGCAAUGAAUUGCUUCCUAAGUGGUAGUUUGAACAUGGAAAAUUGUUACAGUUGUGCUGUACUAUUAGAAAAUGACAAUAUUCAAAAUAAUGAGUGUUUCAAUUAUACUUCUGCUUUUAUUAAGGAAAAUAUUGAUAAUAUAAAAGCUAGAGCUCAAGAUGAUGAUGAAAACCCUACCCAAAUGGAACUUACACAAAAAAUUGACAACAUAUUGAAAAAAAUGUACAAGAUGGAUAACAACAAUAAUAUGCAGUUAAUAACAUUGGAAGGGUUAGAUGAUACCCUAAAAGGAGAACUGGUACAAUACUGCAAAUUGCUAAAGGAGGUAGACACAAGUGGAACAUUAGAAAGCUAUGAAAUGGGAAACGAAACAGAAAUCUUCAACAAUUUAACGAGGCUUCUAGCAAAACAUGCUGAUGAAACAUAUGCUUCAUUACAACAUAAACUAAGAAAUGCAGCAAUAUGUAUGAAGAAUGUAAACGACUGGAUAAAAAAUAAAAGAGGGUUAUCAUUGCCUCAAUUUGAAUAUCAUAAUUUGGAGAAUAACAGUAAUAAUUUACAAAAUUAUGAAAACAGUACUCAAAAUGUAGAGAGCAAAAAUGUGAAUAGUGUUAAACAAAAUGAAGGGUAUGAUGGUGUUAUUGAUUUUUCUGAUUAUAAUGGGACAAAUAUGAACUCAUCUCAACUUACUGACACAAUGUAUUGCAAUAAAGAAUAUUGUGACAGGUGGAAAGAUAAUGAUAGUUGCUUUUCAAAAAUAGAAGCGGCAGAACAAGGAAAUUGCGCUAUAUCAUGGUUAUUUGCAUCUAAAUUGCAUCUUGAAACUAUUAGAUGCAUGAACAGAUAUGACCAUGUAAAAAGUUCCGCAUUAUAUAUAGCUAACUGUUCCAAGAGGAACCCUAAAGAUAAAUGUAUUUCCGGAUCUAAUCCUUUUGAAUAUCUUAGUGUUAUUGAAGAAAAUGGGUUCUUACCCCUAGAACACAAUCAUCCAUAUUCAUACAAAGAAGUAGCCAAUGACUGUCCAAAAUCAGAGAAUCAUUGGACGAAUUUAUGGGCAGGUGCAAAAUUAGUAGAUUCUAAAGAUGAGCCCAAUUCGUUGGGGGCUAAAGGAUAUACCGCCUAUGAGAGUGAUAAAUUUAGGGGAAACAUAGACACGUUUAUCAAAAAAAUAAAGCAUGAAGUUAUGCACAAAGGAUCUGUAAUUGCUUAUGUAAAGGCAGAAAAUGCAAUGGAUUAUGACCUUAACGGAAAGAAGGUGCUCAGUCUAUGUGGUGAUAAAAAUGCUGACCAUGCAAUUAACAUCAUUGGAUGGGGAAACUACACAAAUGAUGAGGGAAAGAAGAAGUCUUACUGGAUAAUAAGAAAUAGCUGGGGUAAGUACUGGGGGGAUGAAGGAAAUUUUAGGGUUGAUAUGCAUGGUCCAGAACAAUGUGAACACAACUUCAUCCACUCUGCCGUAAUAUUCAACAUCCAUAUGCCAAUAGCCCAAGUCCCUACAAAGAAGGGAGCUGAAAUAUAUAAUUACUACUUAAAAACUUCCCCAGAUUUUUAUAGUAAUCUUUAUUAUAACAAUUUCACACCAGAGGAGGAAAGUGUACCACUCAAGAGAAAUGACUUAUCUCAAAAUUCGUUGGUUUAUGGACAAGACGAGCCAGCACCUGCACUACCUACAGGGUCAGCAUCUGGCGAACGCGCAAGUCCAGGAGUAGGUGGAGUACAAGGGGAUGUAUCAUCAACAUUACCAAAAUCAACAGAACAAAAUGGACCUCAACCAGGAAAUGCAGCAGCAGCAGGUCAAAUACAAUCGACACAUCAGGAAUCUCAACCAGGACAACGAACACCAGUUGAAACAUCGGUAGAUCCAAAACAAUCAGUGCUACCUGGAUCUCAAACAGUAGCAGCUAAGAAUGCACCAGCUGCUACUGCUAAAACUGGAGUGCUUCAUGUCUUAAAACACAUCAAAAAUGGUCAGAUAAAAAUGGGGCUAGUUAAGUACGAAGAUAAUGCAAUAAUUAUUGAUAACCACGCUUGCUCCAGAUCUUAUGCCAUGGAUGUAAACAAUCUAGAUGAGUGUAUAAAAUUUUGUAGUGAGGAAUGGGACAAUUGCAAAGAUGAACCUUCUCCAGGAUAUUGUUUGACUAAAAGGCAAAGUACCAAUAAGUGUUUUUUCUGUUAUGUGUAG